CAAACACGAAGCUCCUGGCAGCCUACUCCAGCUUCCCUUCACAAAAGACCAGCCAAAGCUUCAACCCACGAUUAAUCGAACACCAUCGACCAACAUAUCACUCCGGUUUCUCAACGAACCAAAAACCCAGAAAAUUCAAAAACCAUAAACCCAUACUCAAGAAGCAACUAAUACUCGCCCAACCGCCAAGAUGUCAAUGCGCAUAGUCCCCCCCGCCUCCCACAGCAGCACCUUCAAAGCCGUCAACACCUCCGCGCCCUCCGCCCCAGGCGUCCACGACACGCUCCGCCACGGCGUCGGCCCAACCUCCUCCCUCACCACCUCCUCUUCCUCCUCCCUUCCAGAAGCCCCCAUCUCUCGCCACCCCCUCGAAUCGCGUCUCAAAGCCUGGGAAUCCACACAGGAAGCGCUGCGCAUGGAGUCUCUGCGCCGCACCUUCGGCAUCGCGGAGCCGAUCCGGCGGGGCAUGGAGCUGAAGAUCGCGCGGGACGGCGAGUGGCGACCGCUCGCCCUGGGCGGCGGCGCCGGCGUGAAGAGCGUGCACGAGGAUAUCCUGCGCGGCCGCGAGGCCAUGAUGGACUGGGAGGACGUGUUCACGGGCGAGGAGCAGCGGGGCGCUGUUGGUGUGCAUGAGGAGAUGGAGAGGAAGUUGAAGAUUUGAAGGGGAAUGAUGGCGUGGUGGAUGAUUCGUCCGUAUUUGCGUCGUGAAAGUCGUGGUGGUGGAUGGUGAUCGCUUGGUCAGGUGACUCUCAGUCAUCCAGCACUAUUAACUUCGAUGGCUAUGAAUUAAGAGUUCACUUCAUAUAUGUACGAGACAGACGUGCAGCAAGAAUAGACAAGUCAUAGGCAUUAGACCCUAAUGGCAGUGGCAGUGGCAAUUAGCACCCAAUACAUAUUUCAUCCAGUGAGGGAAAAAAU